AUGAGUGCCCUGAAUUUGGCGAUUUGUCUGGCUCCCUCUCUUUUCCACUUCUCAAGUCUUCUGGUACCUACAACACCAGUUUCGCCGCUGCUGGCGAAUUUUGGGUCUCGACGGCGCAAAAAACUAGAUCCAUUGGGCGGUCUCGAACCCAAAGACUUGGCUGAACAAGCAGCAGCUCAAAAAUGUCUUUGUGCUCUCAUCACCUACGCUCCGAGCGUCUUCUUGGUGACCGAAAGCAUUGUUCUAAAGACACGACUUGAUAGUGAGCGAAUCGAGACUCCUCGGCUAUCUAGCGUGUUAAGUGCCACGAAUGGCGAUGCUAAUAUCUGGCUCCAACGGCAGGUGGAAAUCCUUCUUCGAGACUGUGGCAGUUCCAUCGCACCCACCUCUUCAGGCACUGCACUCACUACCACCUCUGCCAUUAGCACUGCUGGCAUAGGUGCUGGUAGUGUAGGCACCGCUGCAAAAAGUGUUACUGGCAAACAAACCUGGAGUUCAUUAAGCAGAGAGGUUCUUAAGGCUUACAGCACCGAGUAA